CCCCAGGAAGUGCAGAGCCAGGCAUUAACCAAAUCUCUCUAAGAAUAACCCUGGGCCAUGCAGGGGCUCCGUGCUGCAGCUCAAGGGGCCAUGGCUGGAGCCCAGGGGGAGUAGCCACUGCUGGAGAGCCAGAUCCAUGGAUGGGCCACGAGCAGGGCAGGAUGCCAUGAAGAACUGCACUGACCAGGAGUACUGGGACACCCUCGUUUCCCAGUGCAUCCCCUGCAGCCUGGCCUGCAGGCAGUCCCUGGCCAGGAAGUGUGAUGCUGUGUGUGAGUCCAUGGACUGCAACAAGAGGCCGGGAUUUUACUACGAUGAUCUGGUGAAGACCUGCAUCAGGUGCAGCUCGGUGUGCGGGCAGCACCCCCGGGAAUGCGCCCCGUCCUGCGAGCCCACGCCCGCGGCCGUGCUGGAGCAGAAGGCGUGCGCGGAGCAGGAGCCGUGGCUGGCGCUGUGGCUGCUGCUGGGGCUCUGCCUCUGCAGCCUCGUCUGCUCCCUGCUCCUGGGCUGGACUCACCUGCGCAGGAGGGGAGAGCCCGGCUCCUGCCAGCCCAGCGCCGGCACCUGCCACUGCAGGGAGGACCCUGCCAAAGAGCUGUGUUCACUGCUGGCAGGUAACAGAACACACCCCACCGUGAGCCUGCAUGGCUGCACCACUCUUUGUUUCCAGUCAUUUCUGCAAAUGCCUCCUCCCAACAGACCCAGCUGUGCCGAUAGAAAAUGUACCUCAAAAUAAACAAGUCAAGCCCAAACUGCUGCCCUGGAUGAGGAGCUGUCACUGCUGGCUGUCAGCACAUCAGGGAGCCUUUGCCUCACCCUCCCUUCGGCUGUUCCGUGGCCGGCGUUUUCCUGCAGGCGAUGCUGAGGGAGUUCCCGGAGGAACCUCCCGGGAAUAAUUCCGUGCAGGAGCUGCGGGGCUGCUGCUGGAGGGAUGGAGGGGAAGAGAGAGGGCUGUGUUUGAGAGAAAGCAGCAGGAGCCAGCAGCUGCUCUUCCAUUUUUAUAGGAAAAGGGAAAAUGCUGUCCCCUCCUCUCGGAACCGGCGUGGAUUUACUGCUGCUGGAAAUAGAACCUGGUGUGAUUCGGGCAGGGACACGGGGGGUGGGCUGGUAGGCUGGAAAGGGGGGAAGAAAAGAAUAAUAGACCUUUUAAUACGCUAAGAAUUCUGCUUUUGAAACCAGACAGAGAGCCUUGAAAGCUCCCCCCGAGAACCAUCUGCGCCGGUGCAGCCGCACAGAGCAGAACCCUCUCCACCAGAUGGGCGGGGAGGAAAAAUUAAGGGUGAUUUAUACGGCUGCCUCGUCCCUAAACAAUUUGUUCCUGAAGGCUUAACAAAGCCGGCUGCAGCAGCUCCGCCGGCUGAGCGUGUGCUGUGGAAAACAGAAUUCAUUAAAAGGGCAGCCAAAGGCUCAGAGCUCGGCGCCACAAAGCGAAGGCAGCGCCGGAGUCAUCCUCAUCCUCCUCCUCCUCCUCCUCCUCCUCGGCGGCGCCCGCCGCGGGGUGGCAGUCCCGGUCCGGCCGGGAUGCAGCGCAGCAGCGCUGGGGAUGACGAGAGCUGGCUCCUGCCUUGCUCCGCAAGCUGCUGCAUUAUUAAACAGCAGCAGAAAGCAUCCGCACGCUGCCGUGCUCGCCCGGGGAAGGAGGGGCCCCUCUCCUGCAGCUCCUGCUCCAGCGCAGGAAUGCUCGGCUCAAAGCGGGCGGCACCGAGCACAAAUGGAAAUUAAAUUGUCACACGGGCAGGGAACGCGAUGGCAUCGGCAGCGCCGGGGCACCCCCGCACCACACCCAAGCUCCUGGUCUGGCUCGAGAUGUUCUGCUUGUCCUUUCCUCCUCCGUGCCCUGCCACAGAUGUACAAAACCUCCUCGUACUGUUCCAGUCUGUGUCCAAAUCAGAAGAAUUCCACCGGUUCAGCUGCUCCUGUAAGAUGGUCAUUUAAAACCCAAACACACUCAAUUCUCUUAUUUUCCUGUUUAUCAGACUGUGUUAGACACCUGCAACUCAUUCCUGGAGCACAGAAUGAAAGGCUUAGAUCCCUUCCUGCCUUUCCACACUGGCAAAGCUGAGGAAUGCCUGGCUGGGGAUUUAUGCAGAGGUUAAAGAUCAGAGCAGCUGUGGCUGCCCCUGGAUCCCUGGAAGUGUCCAGGGCCAGGCUGGACGGGGCUUGGAACAACCUGGGAUAGUGGAAGGUGUCCCUGCCAUGGCAGGGGCUGGAACAAGAUGAUCCUGAAAAUCCAACCCAGACCAUUCUGUGGCUUUUGGUGUGACACCAGUUCACACAGUGCCCAGCUGACACUUCACCCUCUCCCCACGGGAGAACAAAGCUGGUUUUGCUCUUCCAGGCUGUGAUUCUACCCCCAGCCCAAGCUCCUGAGAGUGAGAUCCAGCACGAGCAGCUCCUGCUGGUACCUCGCACAGCGACAGAGGGGGAGGAAAGGCCCCGGAGCUGAGCUGAGAACACCAACACACAAACUGUGCCACUGCAGGAGGAGAAGAGCACGUGAAGAGUUAAUCCAUGUGGGAGGAUACAAGGAACCAAUACCAGCCUAGCACAUACCAGGAAAAUGUGUUGUUUACUUAGAGCACUGCAGAAGGGCUCAAUAGCAGCAGAUCCAUCCCUCAAAGCUGCCCCGGCAGCGACCAUUCCCAACAGAUGGUACAUUUUUCACCACUGAGGUUCUCUCAAGUGUCAGAUAUAUAUAAAUCCACCUUUGGAAAGCAGCAGGGGGGAAAAAAACCAAACCAAAACCAGCAACAACAAAAUAAGCGCUUUUGAGAAAUUCAAACUUAUUCACAAGAUUUAAAAAAAACCCAACAAAACAAAACCAAAAAGAACCAAGACCACUCUUACAGUAUAAACACACCAAUUCAUUCAUUUUUACUGAUGGUUGCAUUUAUGAAUUUCAUUCUCGUGAAAAAAGGGAAUAAAAGGAAAAAAAUUAAGAAAAUAGCUAUUUAUAGAAAACAAAACAAAAAAGGGCUCAAACAACAGAAUCUGUGCUGAUGCUUUUGGAUGAGCAGUCCGAUGGCAUUGAACAUUACCUGUGCAAGCAGGCAUGCUUGAAAACCUGUCUGAGUACUGCAGCUUCAGUCCCACAAUCCAGGAUUUCUUUUAUGGUUGUUGGAAAAAAAAGAGCCUAAUAGUUUCAUACUGUAUUUAUUUAAUAACUAAAAUUCACAAAUAAAAAGAUACUUGCAAAGUC